UGAGGAUGCCUUUCUCCUCACCUCCGCCACGUGGAAUUACAAUGGCGUUUCAUUUGUGUCAAAGACGAGCUUUUGAGCGACUUUUCCAGCUCCGUCUUCCUCACCAAAGAAUGCUAAGGCUUUCUACUAGCAGAUGGAUGUCCUCAGAUUCCUCUGAAAGCCAGCUAGGCGAAAGAAUGAUGAAUUUCGAGGAGUACAGAAAGUUAAAGAGAUCUCUCAAGUGGAACGUUGGAGUUGCUGGUAUUCCCAUGGGGUGUAUAGCUGUUGGAAUUUCUUCAAUGGCCAAUCUCCACUUUAUGCUACACAUAUUUGACACAUUGUUACCACUAGAAGAAAUAACACCAAUAAUAAUUGAGCAAGAACCGGGAGAAGAGGAGGAAGAGAAGCCAACCUUUUCUGUUACAAUGUCCUGUCACAAAACCCUCUAUGAUGUCAAGUGCUCCUUUGAUUACACCAACAAUGCUCAAGAGGACUAUUACCUACUCAAACGAAACACUCCACUAGAUGGAUUCAUCUCUUCUUGCAUCACCGUCUCACAUGAAGGAAACCCACUGGAGUAUAAGGGCAUGAUUGUCUAUCGUAAAGCACCAAACCUAAAAGAGUUUGUUCUGGUAAAGUCUGGUGAGACAGUAUCAGCAUCAGUUAAACUCAAUGAUCUAUUCAUAUUCAACAGUGAUGGUCACUACACCAUUACCUACAAUGGACCAUUGAAGUGUGUGAGUAAGGACAAUAUGAAAGCACAAUCUGUUGGAGCUAAAAUGUCUGAGGUUGAAGUUGAAGAGUCCACCACUCUUUUGAUGGAUAACACUGUCCUUCUCUCUCGUCCAUGCAGGCGCUGAAGAAGCUUACAUUUAAUUCG